UAUCUGUUUUUAUUGGUUUUUUUUUUUAAGGAUUAAAGAAUUAUUUAAAAGAGAUGAAAGCAUCUGGUAAUUAAUAACACCGUAAAUAAUGUUGUGUGAGAAUAUGAGCACAUAGGUCAUCUGGAGUCUUUCAUUCUAAAAGACUCAGUUAAACUUGUGAUUAAGGUUCUUGACUAUUUAAAGGUGGUAGAGUCUUUUUAACCUUAGUUUGAUAUGAAAGAAUGCAUAAAUAGGUUUCAGUUUAUGACAGUAUAUAUUUCUGCAUCUUCGGCUUUAAGAGAACGUUGUAAAAUUCGGCUUAGUGCAGUGUUUUAAGCAAUCUAAUAUAUCUGAGUGUAUUCUUUCCUACGUGCUGAGCAAACUAAGCACAGAAUUUUUAAAAUGCUAAGUCACAGAAGGGUUGAGGUUGGAAGGGACCUCUGGAGACCAUCUAGUCCAACCCUCCUGCUCAAGCAGGGUCACCUAGUUGCACAGGUGGGUUUUGAAUAUCUCCGGAGAAGGAGACUCCACAACCUCUCUGGGCAGCCUGUUCCAGUGCUCUGUCACCCUCACGGUAAAGUUUUUCCUCACGUUCAGAUGGAAGUUCCUGUGUUUCAGUUUGUGUCCGUUGCCUCUUGUCCUGUCACUGGGCACCACUGAAAAGAGUCUGGCCCCGUCCCCUUUACACCCUCCCUUAAGAUAUUCAUAUGCGUUGAUAAGGUCUCCUCUCAGUCUUCUCUUCUCCAGGCUAAACAGGCCCAGCUCUCUCGGCCUUUCCUCGUAAGGGAGAUGCUCCAGUCCCCUAAUCAUCUUUGUAGCCCUACACUGGACUCUCUCCAGCAGUGCCAUGCCUCUCUUGUACUGGGGAGCCCAGAACUGGACACAGGACUCCAGAUGUGGCCUCACCAGGGCUGAGCAGAGGGGCAGGAUCACCUCCCUGCACCUGCUGGCAAUGCUCUCCCUAAUGCACCCCAGGAUACCACUGGCCUUCUUGGCCACAGGGGCACCUUGCUGGCUCUUGGUUAACUUGACCCCCACGACUCCCAGGUCCUUCUCUGCAGAGCUGCUUCCCAGCAGAUCAGCCCCCAGCCUCUCCUGGUGCAUGGGGUUAUUCCUCCCCAGGAGCAGGACCCCACACUUGCCUUUGUUGAACUUCCUGAGGUUCCUGUCUGCCCAGCUCUCCAGCCUGUCCAGGUCUCUCUGAACGGCAGCACAGCCCUCUGGGGCAUCAGCCACUCCUCCCAGCUUUGUAUCAUCGGUAAAUUUGCUGAGGGUGUGCUCUGUCCCUUCGUCCAGGCCACUGAUGAAUGAGUUGAACAGGACUGGACCCAGUACAGGCCCCUGGGGGACACCGCUAGCUACAGGCUUCCAGCUAGACUCUGCACCGCUGAUCACAACCCUCUGAGCUCUGCCGUGCAGCUGGUUCUCAAUCCACCUCACUGUGUGCUCAUUUAACCCCCACUUCCUGAGCUUGCCUAGGAGGAUGUUGUGGGAGAGAGUGUCGAAAGCCUUGCUGAGGUCAAGGCAGACAAGAACCCCUCCUCUCCCCUCAUCUACCCAGCCAGUCAUUCCAUCAUAGAGGCUAUCAGGUUUGUUAAGCAUGAUUUCCCCUUGGUGAAUCCAUGCUGACUACUCCUGGUCACCUUCUUUUCUGCUACAUGCUUAGAGAUGACAUCCAGGAUGAGCUGUUCCAUCACCUUUCCAGGGAUGGAGGUGAGGCCGACUGGCCUGUAGUUCCCUGGUCCUCCAUCUUGCCCUUUUUGAAGACUGGAGUGACGCUGGCUUUCUUCCAGUCCUCAGGCACCUCUCCUGUACUCCAUGACCUUUCAAAGACGAUGGAGAGCGGCCUAGCAAUAACAUCUGCCAGCUCCCUCAGCACUCGCGGGUGCAUCCCAUCAGGGCCCACGGGUUUGUGAGUGUCAGGCUUGCCUAAACAGUCUCUAACCCAAUCUUCCUUGACCAAGGGAAAAAUCUUCCUUUCUCCAGACUUUCUCUCUUGUCCCCAGGGUCUGGGAUUCCUGAGGCCUUAGCAGUAAAGACUGAAGCAAAAGCAGCAUUCAGUAACUCUGCCUUCUCUGUAUCCUUCAUCACCAGGGCAUCAACCCCAUUCAGUGGCGGGCCCACAUUUUCCCUAGUCUCCCUUUUGCUACUGAUGUGUUUGAAGCAGCCCUUCUUGCUGUCCUUGGCAUCCCUUGCCAGAACCUGUUUUUUAUUUUUGUAUGUCUGUACAUAGUGAUAUAAUCUGUAAGAGAGAAGUCCAUUUAGAGCCUGCUGGUGAAAUAGCCGAUUUCUGUUGUUAAACCUGUGUUCCAGUCCCCAUUUCCAGCUUAGGCACUCGCGUGUGUCAGGCUGCAGAGUGCACACCGGAGAAGACCCUCGGUCACAGCUGCCUUUCCAGCAUUUGGGGUCUGCUGUGUAAUUACAGCUGAGAUUUCUUUCCUCCAGGUAGGACACGGGCUCUGCCAUCUCUGCUGGGCUCUGCCAGCUGCUAGGACGCCAGGCAGGGUAAGACUGUGGUUUGUGGUGCCGCUCCAGCCCCGUGUGAGUGGUUGGAGAAUUUCCCAAAGGUUACAUGUACUUUUUGAGAGAAGUAACAGAGCUGCUGCCCCUCGGCAUGGGCUUGGUCUCCUCUCUGGAAAUCUGCAGGUGUUUCUCUGAGGAAGCUCAGUCUGAUGUUUUAUUUAAAAUUCUGUAUGUCCUAUGCGUCUGGAAGGUGUCUCCUGUCUUAGAUCUGCUUCCACCUGAUGUCUUCAAGCCCUCUCCUUCCCUGCAACUCGCUGCUGCAAUGUCUCCCCCGAGGGGAGCAGCAGAUCCCUUUGGGGCUGUCCGGGAGACAGACCUCCGCCUCUUGGAGGGAUGGGAAUAAGAAACUUCGCAGUAAACGCUUUGGCUUGCGAUGCAUUUCCUCGCCCAAGAAACUCACGUGUGCGUUCUUGGUCUUGUUUUUCUCUCCUUUGCACCCUCUGUUUGCCAUAAAACGCAGCUAUUGGCAGGGUUAGGGGUAGAGUGGAGAAUAAUGAGGGAGAGGAAAAACAUGAAUAUAAGUGUUUGGAAGAAGAUGAACUCCAACAUGCCAGUCAGCACCACAAGACACUGUUUUCCCAAAGGGAAUAGGAGAGCACACAUCUUCCUUUUACAAAGUAAGAAGGUUUAAAAGGAUUGGGUAUACAAAUACUCCGAUACUUCUACCUGAGAGUUUAAUUACAAAAGAUCAGGAAACCAUUUUGUUUGAAAGUGUGUUUUAGCUACAUAUAUGAUAGAAGAGUAGUUUGGCUAUGAAUAUAGACCUUUUAUGUUUGGGUACUAAGUCCUUUGACUCUGUUAAAUUACUCAUGAUUAUUUUACUAGCAGCUCACGUGAGCAUAUCUCAUCUGCAAAAGUGACUUAAACAACCCUCUUUGUGCCUAGCUUUUUAAGCUUCCAAUACUGUCAUUAAUGAUUAUCCAGGCAACAAAUUACUGUUUUUCGUUGGCCAGAAAUGUUUACGGAUGCUGCCAAGUCUUUUGGAGUAAUACACCAAGGCACGUUCGUGGCUGUUGGUUCCCCUCUCUCCUCCCAUGAACGUCCCAGACAACGACAGUUCUCUGAUAAUUAAAAAAAUUAUAGGUUCAGAGAUGAAAAGACUUCAGAGAAACGUGAGCAUAUUCCAGCAAACAAAAAUUCUCUUGUGGAAGAAUGUGCUUAUCAAAUGGAGGAUGAAAAUGCAGAGCUUUCAGGAGUGGACCCUGUCUCUGCUCUUUCUGCCCCUGAUAUUCAUAGUAGGUUUGUUCACGAUGAGAAGCUACCAUCCAGAAGUGCCUUACGCUUAUCUGGGACAACUCAGUGAUCCUGUCUAUGAUGCUACUGGGGUUACUGUUGCUUAUACACCCGUAACAGUGACCACCAGGCUGAUAAUGAAUAAGGUGGCCUUGGACUCUGUAAUGAUAGGUAUAAAAUUAGAGGCAAUGGAAAAUGAGAGAGCCCUGGAGGAAGCAUGGAUUUCAAAUAACAAAAUUAUAGGGGUUGUAUUUAAAGACAACUUCUCCUAUCACCUCAGGUUUCCUGCUGGGAAUGUGACUAUUCCAAAUGAGAACUUUGGAUACAUAGAUACCUGUUAUAAUUUCUCAGCACAAUACUGUCACAGCCCAAGGUACUGGUACAGAGGUUUCCUGUCCCUGCAGUCCAGUAUCAAUGCUGCUAUUAUAGAGGGGGUGGUAAAUCAUUCUGUCUGGGAAGAAAUGAAAUCAAUUGCUGGUGUCCGUAUGAGAUCCCGGAGCGUCAUCUCCUCAAUUUCAUUGGAGUACAGUUAUUUCAUGAUUACUAUAGUGAUGUGUUUCUCUUCAUUCAUGCAUUUUUUAUCAAUGAAUAUUGUAAGAGAAAAGAAGCAGCUCAAAGUGCUGAUGAAGAUGAUGGGAUUACAAGAUAUUGCAUUUUGGCUCUCCUGGAGUUUGCUCUAUGCUGUCUAUGUGUUGGUCAUGUCCUGCCUUCUGACAGCCAUCGCUGUGCAGGACACUUUCUACCUUAGCAGCUUCCCUGCAAUUGUACUGCUGUUUUUCCUGUAUGGCCUAGCAAGUGUCCACUUUGUUUUCCUGCUCUGCUCCCUCUUAAGGAGUCCAAAGCUCGUUGGGUCCAUUGGGUUCCUCUUCACCUUUGUCUUUGGAUGUUUAAGCCUUGCAGUGCUGAUAGAAAAUAUUCCCGAACCUGUGAAGUGGUUUCUCGGUCUCUUUUGUCCUUUUGUAUUUAAUGCUGGAAUCGCAAAGGUUUUCCUUUUAGAAAAUUAUGGAAUAGGUUUCCAUUUUUCUAACCUUAUGGAGGAAUCAUACUUUUUAUUUUCAACUUACAUUAUGCUGAUCUUCGACUCUGUCUUGUAUCUGCUGCUAGCUAUCUACUUUGACAAAGUUCUGCCUGGCAAAUACGGCAUCCCCGAUCCGCCGUUCUUCUGCCUGAAGCCCUCGUACUGGGCGAAGGGCAGGAGAGGCUCCACCAGCGAGAGGCCCCAGGCUGAAGCGAGCCCUGAGGAGCUACUUGGCGAUGAUGUAGAGCCGGUGCCCCCCGAAUUCACGGGGAAGGAGGCCAUCAGACUCAACAAUAUUAAAAAAGUUUAUAAACAGAAAGACAAGAAAACAGAAGCCUUAAGAGGUUUAUUUUUAAAUAUUUAUGAGGGCCAGAUCACUGCCUUACUUGGUCACAGUGGGGCUGGAAAGACGACGCUGUUAAAUGUGCUCAGCGGACUUACCUUACCUUCUGAAGGUUCUGCAACCAUAUACAACUCCAGGCUGUCUGAAAUGGGAGACAGGGAAGAAAUCAGAGAGAUGGUUGGCAUUUGCCCACAAUUCAAUGUCCAGUUUGAAGUUUUAACAGUGAAAGAAAAUUUACAGACUUUUGCUGGAAUCAAGGGCAUCAAGUCCAAAGAGGUAAAGCGGGAGGUGCAAAAUAUUCUGGAAUUGCUGGAUAUCAGCAGCAUUCAAGACACACAAGCUGAGAAACUGAGUGGCGGACAGAAACGAAAGCUAUCCAUUGGAAUAGCCUUGCUUGGAAAUCCCCAGGUUUUGUUGCUGGAUGAGCCGACAGCUGGGCUGGAUCCCCUUUCCAGGCAUCAGGUGUGGAGCCUCCUCAAGGAGCACAGAAGCGGGCGAGUGAUUCUGUUCAGCACCCAGUUCAUGGAUGAGGCCGAUAUCCUCGCAGAUCGCAAGGCUUUUAUCUCGCAUGGGAGGCUGAAGUGUGUUGGUUCUUCUCUCUUCUUGAAAAAAAAAUGGGGCAUCGGCUAUCAUUUAAGGAUCCAUGUCAGCGAGUCUUGUGACUUAGAGAACGUGACAGCUCUGGUUAAACGGUACAUCCCAGAGGCCGUGUUCUCAGGACACAGUCAGUAUGAGCUGAGAUAUAAACUGCCAUUGGAAAAUGUGAAUAAAUUCCCAGAUCUGUUCAGUGGUCUCGACGGUUCCUCUGACCAGGGAAUUAUCAAUUACGGAGUUAACAUGACAAGCCUAGAGGAUGUCUUCCUGAAACUGGAGGGAGAAACCGCAGUUGAUCAAGAAGAUGACCAUGUCUUUGGUGAGGAGUGGAGCGAGGCAGGAACAAGGUCCCCAGAUGAGCUGGAGCAGGAUUCCCUGCUGCUCUCGGAUAUUGUAGAGGCGACUGUGAGCGACAUGGCUCUCUGGAGGCAGCAGGUCUUUGCCAUGGCACGGGUUCAUCUCUUGAAGCUGAAGAGUUCAUUGAAAAACCUUGGGUCAAUUUUGCUGCUCUGUGUGGUUUUUCUGCUUCCUGUGGUUUUGCAAAUGGCCCUGGUUGCUGCAUGGCAGAGUGUCAGUGCCUGGGAGCUGUCAUCUGCAAACUAUUUUCUUCCGCUUGGCAAGAAGGCUCACUUGGAGGCUACCACCUUGCUCAUCCUCAAUAAAACAGGAUCAGGCAUUGAAGACUUUAUCCACGCUCUGGAAAGUCAAGAUCUGACAGUGGAAGUAAAAGAUGGGGAAAAUAUCACAGAGGAGCUAAAACACAAUGGGGCUAUAACAGUGUCUCAAGAAGGCCAGAACUACAGGUUUACUGUAUUAUGCCACAUGGAGGCCAUCAACUGUUUUCCAGUGCUCGUGAACAUCAUCAGCAAUGCUCUGCUGAGAACUUUCAAUUCCACUGCCCGUAUUCGGAUUUGGAAUCAUCCAUUUUUCUCUGUAGAUGCACAAUUCUGGGAUUAUUUUGUUUCUUUUUACCUCAUUUAUAUGCUGGUUUUAUUCCCUGGUUUUCCUCCUCACUUUGCAAUGGGCUACUUGCAGGAUUACAAGACAGGAGCUCGCUCCCAGCUGCGGGUUUCGGGGCUCUUGCCCUCGGCGUACUGGUGCGGCCAGGCACUGGUGGACAUCCCUCUGAGCUGGCUCUUUCUCUUCUCGAUGUUUGGGCUUCAGUUCGCAAUGAGUAACAAGAUUUCUGGGAGCGUCGGCAGCCUCUUUUUGCUGGUUAUGGCUAUUUUGGGCUAUGGAAUGUCUGUUGUUCUCUUCAUCUAUUUGAUCUCCUUCCUGUUUCGCAAAGGGUGGAACUGUGAUUUUUGGUCUUUUAUCCUGAUAGUGGUAGGUUUGGUUUUGUUUAUUAUCAGCAGAGUCAUGGAUUACUCAUCAGAUCCUAAAAUUUCCCUCUACAUCAUGUCUCUCUUGUUUCCGACGUACUCGCUGCUGGGCUUUGUGAUCAACUGCCAGCAGAUUUUUACAGAAGAGACUGAAAUAAUUGAUGUGACUUCAAGCAAUGAUGUACUAAUAGCUGUCUUUGCACCUUACAUCCAUUCUGUGGGUUUCAUUUUUCUACUUCGAUAUUUGGAGAUAAAAUAUGGAAGAGCAGUUCUCAGAAAGGACCCAAUAUUUAGGAUUUUCCCAAGAAGAGAGACCAGCCACCAGAACCCGGAGGAGCUAGAAGAAGAAGAUGAAGAUGUUAAAGCUGAAAGAACAGCAGUGAGAAAUGCCAUAGCAUCUCCAAGUCAGGAAGAGAAAUCAGUUGUUGUUGUCAGCAAUCUGUGCAAGGAAUAUAAAAUAAAGAAAGCUGGUUCUGUUUUUAAGAAGAAGAAGAAAAUGGCAACCAAAAAUGUCUCCUUCUGUGUUAAAAAAGGAGAGGUAUUAGGACUUCUGGGGCCCAAUGGAGCUGGUAAAAGCACAGCUAUCAAAAUGAUUGCUGGAGAGACACCACUGACUGCUGGGCAGGUGCUGAUGCUGAGGAGAGACGGAGCAAGCUUCCACCUUCGGGACCACGCGCCGGAUUUCCUGGGGUACUGCCCUCAGGAGGACCCGCUCUGGCCAAACCUCACGGUCCAAGACCACCUGGAGGCCUACGCUGCCGUGAAGGGGGUGAGGAAGGAGGAUACGGCUGCUGCUGUCAACCGAAUAGUGAAUGCUCUGGAGCUUCAGGAGUAUUUAAAAAAAUCAACCAGAAAAUUAUCUGUUGGGAUAACCAGAAAGCUGUGCUUUGCGGUGUGCAUGCUGGGUAACCCCACGGUCCUGCUUCUGGACGAGGUGUCGACCGGCAUGGACCCCAACGGGCAGCAACGCGUCUGGAAAAUGAUUCGUGCUGCACUGAAAAACAAGGAGCAAGGAGCAAUUUUGACAACACACUACAUGGAGGAGGCGGAGGCAGUGUGCGACCGGGUGGCCAUCAUGGUGUCCGGGCAGCUACGGUGCAUUGGCUCCAUUCAGUACCUGAAGAACAAGUUCGGCAAAGGUUACCUACUGGAAAUUAAAGUCAAGGACCCAGAGCGCACCAAUCUUCUGCAUGCCGAGAUUUUGAGGAUUUUCCCAGGCGCAGCCCGUCAGGAGUGGUUUCCGUCUUUGCUAGUCUACAAGGUCCCAAUGGAAGAUGCAGUGCCCCUGUCUCAGUCUUUCUCCAAGCUAGAGGAAGCCAAAAGAACCUUCAACCUCGAGGAGUACAGCUUCUCUUUGAAUACUUUGGCUCAGGUAUUUUUGGAACUUUCCCGAGAGCAAGAGAAGGAUAAUUUUGAUCUAAGUUUGGAUGGAACUUUUGAAUGGAAACAACUUCAGCAGGAAGACAGUUAAAGACCUGAGAUGCUCAUUUAUACAAUUAUUCUGUAUUAACCUAAGUGAUUUGAUACUGCACGUAUUUACUACCAUUAUCAGCAUAACGAGAAGAGGAACAAGCUCGCUCUUUCUGGAGAGCGUGAGCUGAGGGUUACUGUCCAGUUCAGAAGAUGUUUCAAGUGGACUCUGCCCAUGUCUACAUGGAGCCCUACUCCAUAUUUCCAGUGACUGGUUAAUGAAAUAGUGCCCACGCUGCUGAGAGCUGCUGUCAAGCAGAGCAGAUCUGACAGAGGCUUAGGAAGCAAAGGGACCAGAAAGAUGUGCAGAAAGAAGGGUUGUAACCUGUUUCUGGGAUCAAGGCUUUGUUUUGCUUGGUGGAUCUGGGCACAUCAGGGAAUCUGGCCAUGCUGUCAGUCUUCUGGGCUCCUCUCCCACCAAGUAACACGUGUGGAACUAUUUGUCUGAGACAUGUUUAAAUACAUUUUAUUAAAAUUUACACUCUAUUUUUAUAUCCUUCCAAUAAAUGUCUGUACAGAAA